CGGCGCGCCGCUCCACAACACGCUCACUCAGUGCCUCGCAGUGCCUUCCACACGACACUCGUGCCUUACUACCUCACGUAUCGACUCGCUCACUUCUCCACUAUCGCAACUUUUCCUUUUAAUCUCUCAUAACUAGCCUGUACUUUGUGUGCAUUGAAAGUACUUGUUCUCGUCGUGAGUUGUGAUUUCGCGCGAAAAGUUGUUUACAAACAGUGCGUGCCGCGUCCUGUCACUCGUGUAGUCGGCACGCCGGCUGCAAACUGUGUCAACUGUAGGUGUAGUGCAGUGGUAUGUGCUGUGUGAUCGAUGUCUGUUGAGGGGGCCAAGCGGAGCCCCCUGAGACCACGCUGGCUGUGGACACCGAGAUGGCGCGCUCGCCGCGGAGGAUAUCGGCGCACCGGCGCAGCCGCAGCCGCAGCCGCGAGCUGUCCCGGCUGAGGACCCAGCUCAAUGGAAAAGGUUCGAUCCAGCCGAAUGGUGAUUGGAUGACGAUCUCAUCGCGCUCCCCAGACAAGGAGCCGUCGCCACCAAAACAGAUCAACUUUGCGGAGCCCCUGGUCGAGUCGGUGCGAGUGUACCUCGCCAAUGAUCUACCAUCCAAGCAGCUAGCACUGGUACCGCGCGCGCCUUCGCCGCCACCGUCGCCAUCACCGCCUGCCACGCCGCCGCUCUGCGAUGUCGACAUAGCCUCGCACACCGCACACGAAGAAAUCAAAGGAAUCAAUUUCGAAGCGCGCCUGAAGCGGAAUGACCUAAACAACAACGCGUCGCGACAACAAACCGACCGGCGACAGAACGGUGACAUGCCCAGCCAAGCAGAGCUCAUGCAGCGACAACCGCUGCUGGCGCGCACCGUCAAGGCAGACGCGCCGCAGCCCACCACCGACGAGUCCGACCCCGACCAGGAUCACUCACCGCAGCGCACGCAUGCAGGGGAUUUCAUUGUAGAGAUUCCGCCCGGCGCCGUCAGGGAGGAGAGAUAUCCCAAAGAAAUAUGGAAAACGAUAAUAUCAUUCUUCUUCCUAUUUUUAUGCGUUUGUAUAAAUAUGAUGUCACUGUCUUUAGUACACGAACGACUGCCAGACAGAAACACAACGCCACCGCUCAACGACAUAAUUCUAGACAACGUCGCAGCUCGAGAUUGGGGGCUGGCCGUGUCCGAGUAUCUCAUCAUGAUAUCGACGACAGUAGCCAUGCUGGUGGUCGUCUUCCACAAGCAUCGGUUCAUCGUCGCCCGACGCCUGUUCUUUAUAAUCGGUCUAUUGUACCUGUACCGGUCGGUCACCAUGUUCGUGACCGUGCUACCGGUGUCCAGCACCACAUACUACUGCAGCCCCAAGAGUAAUAACACCACGCCACUACUAGUCAUCAAGAGAAUGUUCUACUUAAUAUCUGGCUUCGGUUUGUCAAUAAAUGGCAAGCACACGUACUGCGGCGACUACAUAUACUCAGGGCACACCAUGGUCCUAGUGCUAAGUUACCUCAUCGUAGCAGAGUACUCGCCGAAGAAGCUGUGGCCGAUGCACUGGGCCAUGUGGGGCUCGGCGCUGCUCGGCGUGUCGUUCGUCCUGCUGGCACACGGCCACUACACGGUGGAUGUGGUGAUAGCGUAUUACGUGACGACCAGGCUGUUUUGGACGUUCCAUUCCCUGUUAGUGACGCCUCACCGCAGCGGCAACGGCUACAACCACUACAUGAUCCAGCGGGAGUGGUGGUACUGGCUGUUCACGUACCUGGAGCGCAACGUGCGCGGGCCGGUGCCGCGCCGCUACGACUGGCCGCUGCCAUGGCCGCGCACCAAGCUCUUCAGCCGGCUCAGCUAGUGACGCGCGCGCGCGACGCUGCCGCCGCCGGAACGCGUAUGACGCUCACCUUUUGCGAGUGCCGUUUGAGGACCUGCAGCUCCUUGGGGCUGGUCCGCGUGCAGAUGGCCAGCGUUAGCGUAUAGUCGAACUGAUGCACGAUCAGAUUAAGAUAGACCGUCUCCUCCCAGUCGAUUUCUGGGUCUCCGAUGGGCAAUUUCUUGGAAUCCUUGCGGAACACCUCAACGUCGGUCUGCGAACAUAGCGGUCAGUGGUCAGCGGCAGGCGUCGGCGCCCUCGCCCGGGCGCACUCAUGUAUAUUCGGCUGUGCUUAAGAACGAUCGCGUGAACCAAGUUGUGCGAGCGCUGAGUGUGAAAUGUGAUAAUUCGCAAAGUGAGCAUAAUAUUUAUUUCCUCACGACUAUCGCAAACUGUUCUAUAGAAAGUGAUGAUUUCGUAACUGCUUUUAUUGUUGAAUAUAAUGUAAGAUUUGAUUUUAUUUGACAAAGAACAAUAAUCGAUCAAUUAUGUACUGUCGACUGUUGAUGGAAUUCUUGUUUUUGUAAAUUGUAUAGUUUAUAAGUGGUUAUAGACAACCUCGAAUCAAAGUUGAAACUUACUAAGUAUUUAUUAGAAAUAUAUAUACUGUGAUGAAUGUAUAGUUGGGAACGAGUGAAUGUACUGCGGCCAUGUCUGGCUGCGGCCAGGACGUGCGCGCGACAAGUACAUGUAGUUGUUGUACCAGCAGCCUACUAUAAGAAAUAAUAUUUUUAUAUUGUUUAAAUAAAGUACAUACUUAACUGUUGUUAAUUCAUACUUUUGUAUUUUAAAAUUAAUACCAUCUACAGUUAAACAUACGUCAUCAUGGUGCUAGAUUACAAAACAAAUUAGCAACCCCCUUCACUACCGAGGCUACACCAUUACAAGGCCUAAGGUGUAUCUUACACUGCAGUACUGGUUCAACAUUAGUUAUGGUAAUCAGCUUGAAUAACAGCUGCAACUCAACAAUAAUACGCAAACAAUAACAUGUCCGGCUGGGUUGUAUAUUCACAAACAAGUCCACCCGCGAUGUCUAUUGUGUGUUGACAGAAAGUCUCUUGUACCUGCAUGUUGAACAAACAUUUAUUGCUGCUUCUAUACUAACUCAUAACAUUACAACUCCAAAGACAAUUAUAACUAUUCUCAAAAUAAUAACACCGUAUUCAUCACAAUUUGGUUUUCAUAAUAUGUAAAGCAAAAGUCAGACAUAUUUGAAAACGUUGCCCCACACUAGGAGUAUCUCGUGCGUGAAACGUGGUUGCGUUUACAUAGAUAAACAAAAUCACAGACACAUCACACCCGGACCGGACAACAAUUUGUGGAUCGCAAAGAGUUGUUGUG